AGGAGAGGAAGUAACGCCAGGAGAAGAAGUCACUCCAGGAGAGGAAGUCACUCCAGAAGAGGAAGUCACUCCAGGAGAGGAAGUCACUCCAGGAGAAGAAGUCACGGAAGUCACUCCAGGAGAAGAAGUCAUUCCAGGAGAAGAAGUCAUUCCUGGAGAGGAAGUCACUCCAGGGGAGGAAGUCACUCCAGAGGAGGAAGUAACGCCAGGAGAGGAAGGCUGUUCGGUCGUUAG